UGUACAGGAAAUGCACGGUUCUGAAGGUCCAACAUUAGGGCAAGUAGCUGUCGGGUUCACUGGUUACUUAUCUUUGUAAGACAAUAACGAGAAUUGAAGUUUGCGGUUUGCGAUUCACGAUCUAUACCGUCUUCGGCUAAAUGUGCGACGCGUGCAACAAUAACUUAUGCCAGCACACCACCACCACCACCACCGCGCUCGGACCAAACAGAUCUGCUGGCCACGCGAUCAUAGGAACGCGAACUUCCUCCUAUUCACUCGAUGAAAACAGGCUGAUUCACGAUCGGCGUUCGUGAUGUCAUCAUUAGAACGUCACAACUUCCUUGAACAUUGGAUUUACCAGCCGGUCAGAGCUAUUAUUCCGUUAAUUCAAUGCUGCACGCAUUAUUGUUGUAAAAUGUUACAUUUUAUCUAGCACGUUCGCUCGAAUUCAUUAAGCGAGUCAUUAAGUGGUGCCUUGGAAUGGGCUUUCACCUAAACCCUCCGGUGUCUAGAACACUGUUAGAACACUGUUAUUAGUUACGUGCUAUUGUCACGUGUUUUACGAGGAAAAUGAAAAUGACGUUCUCUUCUGUUGGCUCGAGUCAAGGCUUUUUAUGCGACUGACAGUGGGAAGUAGGGGAAUGGCAUUACUCCAACGAAACCUUGUAAGAUCGUCGAUGUACUAUAAAUAAUAUGUAACGGUGGUUCAUGCGAUCCACUAAUCAACAUGCUGCUCUGCUCGAAAUAACGAAAGUAACAUAAAUAACACACAAAGCGGACAUAUCCCCGUUGCAUUGUCGAAAAGUUGGUUCUGCUAUCGUACUGAAAAUCUGUACUGAAAAAAAUGGUAAAAUCGAGGCAUAUAUUUCUUGUCGAGUCUUUGCUGCCAGUAGUGUAAAACGUGUGCCCUCUCCGCGAAGAGUCGUAAAGUUUGAAAUUCAUGAUCUCGUGAUCGGGAUAUUCCAAACAAGUUAGCUCUGUACUUUCCCGCAGUUGUCAAUGACACGGAGCACGUUUUACCGGCACAGCUUGUUGCUGCUACCAGCGUACAGCGAUACGACUGGACAGACGGCUAUUGCGCAACCAUACUGGGAGCAGACUAUAUUCACGUAUUCAAACGUUUCCUGCCUCUGAAUCUCUCUUUGGGGAACCACUCGCGUCUCUCUAUUUUUAUACGAGGAAAAGCGAAUCUCGCGAAUUCUAUGAAUCACUGGUCGAGGAAACACGAACCUACGCUCGAUCGUUAUAAUGAUACGCUAUCACGGCUUCUCCAAGAAGCAUUAUUUAUUUAUUCAUUCAUUUAUUUAUUUAUUUAAGGAUGAGAAAAUCGUUUGGAUUACAAUACAGAGAAUAAACAGCGUUGAAAACGAAUGAAGAGAUAAGGAAAAAGUCCACGGAAUCGUAGAUAUUGUUUGUUGCUGAUUAGAACGCGAUUAAUACAGUUGUCUUGGACUCGUGGCAGAUGUGAUGGAACAAUUAAGUCUGAACUGUCGCAGUAUAUUUGAGCAUGUAACAUCGUCAUUCGAUAUUUUAAGCAUUACACUCGGAAAUGACUGGAACAAUAUCGCAUCUCUGGUGUCUGUAACUAGCUACAACUGUGACUAUAACUAUGUAUGCAGGAUCAUGGUAUCGAACUAGCGCGUCGUCAAGCAAACAAUCGUUCCUGUUAACCGAGAUUAGGGAGGCAGACAAGAGAGAGGACGGCAUUCCUACAGUCGCGUUCAAAGCGCGCAGGUUGCUCGAAGGAGUUUGGGGACGACGAAGUUCUUUCGUCCAUUGGCAUUGGUCGACCUUGAGCAGCCUUUGUUCCGAGUUCAGCUUAUCGCUGAUUCACGGGCCGAUCAAAGCGAUCUGUUCCGAAUCUCUAUGGAUAGACUGACUUGAAAGAACGGAAACACCAUGAAGACUCAAAAGUGCUGCGCUCAUUGUCCGGGGAAGCUGGUCAAUUCUGCAAGAGCCAAUGGAUUUCACGAAUGCUGUCAGCCCAAGUACGUCACCGGGAACCUGAAGAUACCUUCCCUGUCCGAUCACGCUUGCGAUUGCCCCAAGAAGAGAAAGACCGAGGAAGAUGUCGCGGAGACACCGAAGAACACGAACACCGAUGCUCGACCAUCUUGCUACGAGCACUUCGCUUUGGCGAAGAAACUGCACGCGGAGAACUUGGACCAUCAGCCACUGCCGGACAAAGUCGACGACAUUGUGUUCAAGAACACCGGUCCGGAAAGGUCGUGACAUCGGUCCUGACAUGGGUCCUGACAUCGGCAUCCGAGCGGAAGACACAGCCACAGCGGUUGCAGCCGCUGCAAUCAAGAAUCCGACGAUCCGGCGAGCAGGCCGGCCGGAAGGUACGG